AUGACAGGCAGAACGAUAAUGGGGCGGAAAACUGGAUGUCGACCACUGAAUCGUUGGUCUCGGAGGAACGUGCAAGGGAUGUGGAAGCGGAGCAUGAUUAAAAAGAGAACGUUGGCAAAUAGUUAUGGCUUUAAAAAAAUCAUGUCGCCAUCAUCAAGGAUAGCUCGGAUGUUCAAUUCGGAAGAUGCGAUUCCUCCAGAGCAAGAAGCGCAAAGCUUUUCAGACGCCAAAUCCACCACAUAAGUUAGCAACAAUUUCCCUUCUAUCUUUGUCUUUUAUCCGCCGGAAAAUGUUUUCCCAUGCUUUGUAACUUAAACUUGCGAUGCUUUUUAUGACUUGAAAAACCCCUUUGAUGUUUAUGUUUGAUUUUGAAUAAUCUUUCCUUGUCUGAUAAUGUGCCCGAUGUCUUUCUCCUGUCGAAGUUUUGUUAUCUCACUCUUAUUUGCUGUGCUCGUUAUCUAAGUUAUACAUACCAUUCAAGUCCUUAAUAUACCAGAGUUCAGAUCUGACUAUUGUUUAUACUUUUGAUAGAUGGUUAGAGAUGUUGAUGCAUAAUUAUAUAGUGAAAGCGUGAUUUGUUGUUGGGUAGGAAUCUCUUCCAUCGCC